AUGAAAUUACCUGCUGCUUUUCCUCUUCUGGCUUUUCUACUUCUUGUGUUCCAAGAACAACAUUCUAGUCUUUCCAUAAAUGGACCUGCUUCUCCUGGCUACUAUCAAGAUGGGGACUUCAUUAUUGGUGGACUCUUUUCCCUCAGAGUGACUGCUGGUGACACCAGAAGUCGAUUUGGCUUUGACAAUACAUUUUAUAUAACAGAGUUGGUUUAUGCGGAUCUCACUAAACAAUAUCAGCACCUGUUGGCCAUGGUUUUUGCUGUACAAAUCAACAAGGACCUGAAUUUGUUAUUCAACAUGUCUCUGGGAUUCUAUCUCUUCAAUGUUGACUUCAUUGAGAUGAAGGCUGUGGAGAGUUCUCUGUCUUUGCUGUCAGGAGAGAGUCCUCCGGUUCCUAACUAUAACUGCAGGUUUGAGAAAAGAAACAAGCUGGUGGCUGUGAUAGGAGGUAUUUCAACAGGAAUAUCAACCACGAUUUCCCAAGUAUUAAGUCUCUACAAUGUCCCACAGAUCAGUUAUGGUCCAUUUGACCCCAGUCUCAGGGGCAGAGUCCAGCUGCAGUCUCUUUACCAGUUUCCCAUGAGCACUGCAGCUCUGUAUCAGGGAUUCAUUCGAUUGAUGCUUCAUUUUGGUUGGGUCUGGAUUGGCCUUGUGGUUCCAGAUGACAUCAGGGGAGAAAUGUUCUUCAGGGACAUGACCCAGGAAAUGGCCAACCACGGACUCUGUGUUGCAUUUACAGAAAGGAUUCCAGAAUUUCCUGCUAAGGUUACAGUUAACAGGAAACGUUUUGUGGAAAGAUUCACGUUGGCCAAUGUCAGUGUUGUAUUUGGUGACACUUAUUCUCUUCUGAGAUUUGUAUAUAACAUCUAUUGUAAUACCCCAUUUGGCAAUAUCUGGGUUACAACUUCUGAUUGGGAUAUAACUACAUUACCCUUUGAACAAAGUCAAAGUUAUAUAUAUUUUGGUGGAGGAUUAUCAUUCUUUGCUCAUGUGGAUGAGAUUUCUGGUUUUAAAGAUUUCCUCAGAAGUGUGCAGUCUGCAAAAUAUCCUCAUGAUGUCUUUAUCCAGGAUGUGUGGUCAAUAAUGUUUGGAUGUCCAUAUUUACAUCAACAUGGUCUCAGGGUAUUGAGUCAAUGUGAACAAAAUGGCACCCUGAACACUCGAACUCUGAAUGUUUGGGAUAUGAAUACCUCACUUCAGAGUUACAAAGUCUAUGCUGCUGUGUACACUGUUGCCCAGGCCAUUCGUGAAGAACUGUUGCUCAAAGCAGAAGAAGAAUGA